CGAUAUCUGCCGGGUGGACCAAUCUCAAUUGUGGUAAGAUGGGUAGACGUUGAAGCUGCAGAAGCUGUUGAAACGUUUUUGGGGUUCCUUCCUGCCAAACAAGGAGGAACUGCCAAAGCGCUAACAGACACUGUUCUCGACUAUUUGCGACAUAUAACUUUGGAUCCCAAACGAAUAAGGGGCCAGGGAUAUGACGGAGCAAGUGUAAUGAGUGGAAGCAAAGGAGGUUUCAACAUACUAAUCUCAAAUUACCUUAAAAGUGAAGGAGUAACAUCACCCGCUCCGUUUGUUCACUGUGCUAGCCAUAACCUAAACCUUGUUUUAAAUGAUGCUGUUGAAUGCAAUGCUGAUAGCAUCAACUUUUUUUCUGAUCUUGAAGAAAUUUAUAACUUUUUUAACAAAAGCAUCAAUCGAACAGCGGAGCUUAACAGCGCUACAAGUGUUGAUAACUCUGCUGAACUCAGCGUGAUCAAUGAAUUCAUGGACAGUGUGGUGUCUGACAGUGACAAUUCUGACGACACUAGCAUUAAUUCCGGCUCAAUCACCCCCAAAAGGAAGAGGAGGAAUGGUAAAAAUAAGUUGACACUGAAGAAACUGUGUGCCACCAGAUGGUCGUCAAGAAUUAACUCUGUAAGAGCAGUAAAGAAUCGAUAUGGUGAUUUGCUCCAUGUGUUGAACAAAUUGAAAGAAAAGAAAGGAAAAGAUAAUGCCAAAGAGUGGGACAAAGCAGGAAAUUUGCACCGCAAAAUGAACAGAUUUGAACUCGUGAUCAUGCUCAUUAUAUGGGAAAAGUUACUGACAGCAAUUCAGAUCGCCUCAGCUGACUUACAGUCAAUGAAAAUUAGAGAGGGCCCUGUGUAA